AUGGAGUCACUAUCGCCAUCCACUAAGGCCGACAGGCUAGUGAGUGCUCUGGAGCAGUAUGGCCAGGGCGACUAUAUUGGCGAGUCCAUCAGCCAACUAGAGCACUGUUUGCAGGCAGCUCAUCAGGCCCAGAAAUCUGGUGCUGAUGAUGAGCUGGUGAUUGCAGCUCUGCUCCAUGACAUUGGCCAAAUCAUUCCCUUGGAAUCAACUAAGGAGGUUCGCAUGAAUCUUCGGGGAAGUACGGAGAACGUGGGCCGUGUAGGCCACGAGGCCAUUGGCGCUGCAUACCUUCAAUCCUUGGGAUUCAGUCAAACAGUCUGCAAGCUUGUAAACAGUCAUGUUGCAGCCAAAAGAUACCUUACUGCCAUCAAUCGUGCAUACUACGACUCUUUAUCCUCAGCUUCACAACGUUCCUUGGCCUUUCAAGGAGGUCCGUUUCAAGGAUCUGAGCUGGAAGAAUUUGAACGAGACCCGCUCCGGGAGUCAAUGGUUUCGCUCAGGCUGUGGGACGAUGCAGCCAAGUUGGAGGGUGUAGAAGACACCACCCCACGCGCGCGAACUUAUUUGGACAUGAUUACUGCCCACUUGACACACGAGACAUCGCUGUAG